AUGGCGUAUGAGUCGUCCAACGAAACAGACCCUCGUUUGCCAACAACAACCAUUGUCGCCAGUGAUGUUAGGAACCACGAUGAUGUCCUCUUCAGCUAUCUGCAAAAGCUUGUUACAUCCACGUUCCGCCCAUCGGUACACCCCGUGGUUCUUAUGGGCAGUUACGAAAGCAGGUCGAGAGGGGAAACCGUCCAGAACUUCCGUGCAAGUGUUGUUGGCUGGGAUGUCUUGGAUGCUAGCGAGAUGUUCUUCAUCUCGCCUCAGGAGGGGACAGAUCGCAAGAGUGCGCUGAUGGCUGUGAUCAGGUUGGUAGAACAGGAGGCACACAAAAGAAUGGCGGAACUAGAGGCUAAGAUCGCACACCCCCUCUGA